AUGGCUGAGCCCGAGCUGAGCCAGGCUGCCGUGCUGGGCUUCCUGCGGGAGCGCGGCGGCAAGGUGCGCAAUUCGGAGCUGCUGAGCCGCUUCAAGCCGCUCCUGGAAGCGCCCGGCGGGGAGCCCGAAGCCCGAGCCGCCCUCCGCGAGCGGUUUAAGCACUUCGUCAACAACGUGGCCGUCGUGAAGGAGGAAGACGGAGCGAAGUUCGUGGUGCUGAGGAAGAAUUGGCGCCUGGAGGAGGCGGAAGUGAGCGCAGCGCCCGCUGGGGGGCGCUCUGGCGAGGAGGAGGAAGAGGAAGGAGAGGAAGGCUCAGCCACUUUGGCGCCUGCCUGCCAUGCCGGCCCAGAGGGUCCAGAGCAGGAAAGCGGGCCUGAGGCGAGCCCAACAAUGCCUGUGUCCCAAUUGAAGAGCCUGUUUCAAAAGGAGGGCAUGGAGGCACCCAAAGCCCCCGGCGACCAAGAGAAGUUGGCUCCCAAAGCUGCCCCCCAGAAACCCUGCAUGCUGCCUGUGCGCUGUGUGCUGCCUGCCAGCGGGGCCAAGGAGCCCAAGGACCCAAGCCCUGAGCCGAAGCAGCCCGAAGUCAAAGACUGGCUCCAAGUGGGGCUCCCGGCCAUCACCCCCUCUACGUCGCCUUACAUGAAGAGGCGUCAGCUGGAAGAGAUGGGGUCUAGCUCCCCUUACCUGAGGAGGGUGCCGAAGUCUCAGAAGGUGGGCGAGGAAGCGGACUGUCCCACCACGACCGUCCCUUUGGAAGCCGCUGAGCACGAGUGGCUGGUGAAGGCCACAGCCGGCCAGUGGUCCCAGCAGCUUCACGGCCUGCUGCUGAGCGACAAGAACUUGGCGAGCAAAAGGGACUUCAUGACUGGCUUCACCGUUCUGCACUGGGCAGCCAAGAGUGGGAACUGCGAGAUGUUGGGUAAAGUCAUCGAGGUGGCCGAGAAAGGUGGCGCUCAUGUCAACGUGAACUCCAAGUCCUACGGCGGUUAUACCCCGCUCCACAUCGCCGCCAUACAUGGGCAAGAGGAAGUCAUCGCCCAGUUGGUCAGGGAUUACGACGCCAACGUUCACCUGAGAGACUACAGUGGGAAGAAACCCUUUCAAUAUUUGAAAGAGGGCUCCUCUUUUGCAGUCAGACACCUCUUGCGGGACCCCCACCUUCACACGGUCUCUGGACACAACGCCUCCAUCAAGAAGAACCCCAAAGUGGCGGCUUCCAUUUUGAGUUCCACUAGUGCUGUCCUGGGGCUUUUGUCUGAUGACACUGCUUUCUAUGAGCUGACCAAAGGCUUAAAGAAACCAGCUACGCUCAAUAAGUUAUUUAAUGCAGCCUCGACCCCAAGGAGGAAGCUGAAGUCCAGAGGCACUUUCUCAUCCUAUUCUUCCUUAUCUGAGGCAGUGGAAGAUGACCAAGAGGAAGCAACGACAAAACGCAGACCAGUUUCAGAGUUGUUUUUUGGUCACUAG